AUGAAGGAGCGUAUCAUAGCACCGGUGUUUAACUUGAAGAAUGAAGUCAUAUACACGCGUGAGUUAGAUCCUUUUAUUUUUGGUAUGUAUCCUGAGGUAGAGGAGCUGAGUAAAAAUCUCACGUAUUGGAUGGUUCGCUGUCAGAAUUUUGCGAGCAAGUGGGACUAUGAAACACGGGAGAUAUGGCGAAAGGCCAAAAAGAACUGGCCCAACACAGGUAUGGGAAUGCCCCGCGUGGGUAACCGAAAAAAUCACUUGUACACAUGGGGUGGUCGUACCAAACCCUCAAAGCCAUGGAACAUGCUGAUGCCCACGAUGGAUGUCAAAACAUGGAGCAAAAGCAAUCGUAUGAUGCUCACGCUAAAGAUGUUGCAAGGGAGAUUACAGGUCGUGGACCGUCUCACGUUGGAGGAGCCUACGCAAGAGUGUUACUUGGAACUGUGCCGUAAUAUGUCAUGGGACGUGCGACAUACGGGUGGUGGGGUACUUUUCAUGGACGGGGGUUCCCGCAUUACACCCAGUAGUGAGUUUGACAGAGCCUUUUUCUUUGGAAGCUUCUUUAACGGGAGGAACAAGAUUGUUCGCCCCACCGUUCUAUGUGAUGAGCAGUAUGAUUACAACAAAACGGCGGCCAAGCAGCGAAUGAAAGGCCCCAAGGGAGCGAAGAAUCCUAUUCCUAUUAAUCGAUUCAAUGCCUACGAUGCAAUGAAACACGACAGGCUGGUCAUUACUGAAGGGGCGCUAAUGCAGUUAGAGGACGAGCUCUACGAGCACAAGUUGCAGAUACUACCGCCACACAUUCGCAAUCAGUUGCCCGAAUAUGGUUAUCUUGAUUCCGAAGCUCUUGGUGAUUGCGUGCCUUCACUAAAAACAAUCCAAAUGGAGGCGGCCGCUCGUACGGAGGAAGCUGAAAGCGACAUGUACAAGUCCUUUAUUGAUAAUCCGUACAAUCCAUGGAAGGAUAAUAUGGACGCCUCAUAUGCUGUCGACGGGGCGGACGGAACGGUGCAAAAAUUUGUCGAUGGCAAGAAAGUAUCGUGGUCAAUGCUCAGUUAG